UUACUAGUGUUAAGAAAAGUUUCAAAAUGGCAUCAGUGUCUUCUCAAGAGGAAGAGUCCUUCAGUUGUCCAGUCUGUCUGGAGCUGUUGAGGGAUCCAGUGACUAUUCUCUGUGGACAUAAUUUUUGUAUGAGCUGUCCCCUCUGCAAGCACAGCUUCGACUCCAGGCCUGUACUUCACAAAAACCCUCUAAUUGCUGAAAUGGUAGAGAAGUUUAGGAAGACCAGCAUCCAAGCUGCUGUUCCUGCUCGCUGUUAUGCUGGACCUGGAGAUGUGGUGUGUGAUGUCUGCACUGGGAGAAAACUCAAAGCUGUCAAGUCCUGUCUGGAGUGUCUGAAGUCGUACUGUGACACUCACCUAAAUGCUCACAAUGAACUUGUUGAUAGAAAUCACAACAUGAUUGAGGCCACGGUCCAACUACAGGAGAGGAUCUGUUCCCAUCAUAACAAGGUUUUUGAAAUAUUCUGUCGCACUGACCAGAGUUGUAUCUGUCUUCUUUGUACGAUGGACAAUCAUAAAGGUCAUGACACAGUCACGGCCAGGGCAGAAUGGAGUCAGAAAAAGGAGGGGUUGGGGCAGAGCCAGAGGAGAUGUCAGCAGAUAAUCCAGUUGAAGGAGACGGAGCUGCAGGAGCUGAGGAAGGCUGUGGAGACUCUCAAGUCUUGUACACAGACAGCAGUGGAGGAGAGUGAGAGGAUGUUUAAUGAUAUGAUCCGCUCCAUUGAGAGAAGGCGCUCUGAGGUGACAGAGCUGAUCAGAGCUCAGGAGAAGGCUGAGGUGAAUCGUGCUGAAGGACUCCUGAAGCUACUGGAGCAGGAGAUUGCUGAUCUGAAGAGGACAGAUGCUGAGAUGAAGCAGCUUUCACUGACACAGGAUCUCAUCCAUUUCCUCAAGUGCUGUGACCAGAAGGACCUUCAGCCAAAGCCACUUCUUUGAUCCUCUGAAGGAAUCUGUGUCUGCACUUAAAAUGCAGCUGGAGGAGAAAUUAGGUUCAAUUUUCAAGCAGGAAAUAGUCAAG